AUGGAGGAGGCGGCGGGCUCUGAGGCGUCCUUCUGCCUGCAGACUGUUUCAGACUUAACAAAAACCGCAGAAUUUACCAUAACAGAUGACUCUAAAGAUGAUUAUCAGUAUGAAGAGGUUCCAGCAGAUGAUGAAUUUAGUCUUCAGGAAGAUGAUGAGGAUCUGUCAAAGGCUCUGCAGACUAUUCAAGAGCAGACUGAAGAUGCCCAAAUUUUAGCUUUGCAAUCAGUUCUGUCUUCUGAGAAAUCAGUGUCUGAAAUACCUGAAGCAAUGGAUGACUUCUUUUGCAAUUUCCUGGUCCGAUUGGGAAUGUCCAGAACCCUUGACUGCUUCCAAACUGAAUGGUAUGAACUGAUAGAGAGAGGUGUGUUCACAGCCAAAGAUGUUGGAUUGGUUCCAACUGCGUAUACCCGCAACCAGCAACUUGAGGCUGAGAAUAUGCGUUUGAAGAAAGAUUUGGAAGACUAUAAACUUGCUGCAAACAAAGCAAAAGAGGCUUUCCUAAAAAUGCAGAAAGAAUGUGACUUUCAUCGGAUGCAUCAUAAGCGAGUGGUCCAGGAGAAAAACAGGCUUAUUUGUGACAUUAAAAGGCUGAAGGCACAUUAUGCAUCGUAUGAACCAGUACUGAAGCAGCUGACUGAAAAAUACCAGACUACGCUGAGACAGAAAAUGUUAACUAGCUUAGAGAGAGACAGAGCAGUUGGGCAGGUUACAGGUUUGCAAGCCACAUUACAAAAUUUAGAGUCUGGACGUGCUAUUCAGAUUCCUGUGACAAAAGCAGGCCAGGAAUGUCAAAGGAAGAAAGGGUUGGAAGGUCCCACCCAGAAAGCUCUUCAGGAAGCCAGGCAGCAAAAAGUUCUUGAUGCUAAAAGCUCUUCAUAUGAUCCAGUCAAAGAUGCAGAGAAGACAGGCAAGAGAUAUCCAAAGGAUUCAGAGUUCCCUGUUGAUACUCAAGUGAACCCAUACCUUGUGCAUGCUAAAGAAUAUACCCAACCCCUGAAGUCUGGAGAGUAUAAACUAAGCAACAUUUUUAAAGUGCACAACUUAGCGGUGAGCUGCUUGGCUUUACAUCCCUAAAAAGACAUUAUAGUCACUGGCAGUGAUGACCACCUCUGGAAAAUGUGGGCUUUCCCUGAUGGGAACAUCAUCAUGACAGGUGAAGGUCACAGUGAUUGGCUUUUGGGCUGCUGCUUCCAUCCAAGUGGCACCCAGCUGGUCACUUCAAGUGGGGAUACCACAGUGUAGAUAUGGGACGGUUCAAAAGGUGGAUGCAUUCUGACUUGAGGAGGACAUGCCCACACUGUAUGGGACUGCUCAUGGCAUUCAUGUGGUGAAUUUGUGGCUUCUGCCUCCAUGGACCACACAAGUAAAAUAUGGGAUGUUAACAGUAUGGAUGAGAGAUGCAGAUACAUGAUGUGUGGCCAUAAAGAUUCAGUCAGUACCACUGAGUUUCUUCUAUUCUCCAACACUGUUCUCACUAGCUCUGCUGAUAAGACUUUAUCUCUCUGGGAAGCCAGAACGGGUCUCCAUGUUUACACAUUCUAUGGUCACCUGCAUUCCUAGAAUCAUGCUAUGUUCAAUAUGAAGGGUGAUACGAUUGCUUCCUGUGACUCCUCCGGCAUGAUGAAACUCUGGGACAUUCAGAAGUCUAUUUUAUCCAUAGAUGCAGGCCCACAUCCUGCCAACCAGGUCAUCUUUGAUCACUCUGGUCGUAUCGUGGCUCUGGCGAGCAGCGAUGGAUCCGUUAAGGUUCUGCAACUUGAGUUUGGGCAGCCAUCCAGCCUGCGGGGCCACAGCGGCGAAGUGCGCGGCGUUCUCUUCCAUCACAAGGCAGAGCAGCUGCUUUCCGGGGGUGCCGACGGUACGGUUUGUCUCUGGACCUGAGGACCAGCACGCUGCUUAAUGUAACCUUAAUCGCAAGGCGUUACGGGGAAAAAUGGUUUGACAACAUAGGAGCGAGGGCUUAGCGAAGUGUUUUCGUAGUUAAUGUUUGCAGUGGGAAUAAUCACCCAAAAGGAGUAUUAUUCGGCAUUUCAUCCAAAUAAAAUCCCCAAUUUCUCCCUCUUUCUUUUGACACUGUGUUUUUCCAAACAUCCACAAUCUCUUUUGGUGGUUUCUGGAGAAAUAGCUUUACAAUGACGCCUAAUGACAGAGCAGACGAAUUGCAAGGAGAUCGAUUUUUAAUGUAACACAACACGAGACACAAGAG